UCCUGCACUUACAAACAUCAAAAAUUCGCGGCUUCAUCAGACUCAUCCAACAAAUCCCAUUCCCCUUGCCUUCCCGCCAAAAAGCGCAAGGAAUGCCGAUAUUCGCCUUCUCCCCCCGCCGCCACAACUCUCUGCCUUCCCGCGAAGAAGAGAAUUUGGGCGUUUCAGCCCCUGGCCCUCGAUCUGAAUCUCAAUCCCCCAUCCGAUGAAGAUUCCGCACAAAUCAAACUCAACGGCAGAGAAGACGGCGAGGACGGAAUCGUCUGCGCUGUCUGCGACAGCACGGACGGAGAUCCGGCGGAUCCAAUCGUGCUCUGCGACGGCUGCGAUCUGAUGGUGCACGCCACAUGCUACGGCCAUCCCUUCACCGCGGGGAUCCCCGACGGCGACUGGUACUGCGCCCGAUGCCUCCAUUCCCAAUCGGAGAAAAAUCAACCGCCGUCCUGCUGCCUCUGCCCCGUCGGCGGCGGCGCGUUGAAGCCAACGACGGACGGGUGGUGGGCGCAUCUGGUGUGCGCGAUCUACGUGCCGGAGGUGUUCUUCGCGGAUUCGGAGGGGAGAGAGGGAAUCAACUGCGAUCGGGUGGGGAAGAGGCGGUGGGAGACCAAGUGCUACAUCUGCAAAUCGAAAAACGGUUGCGCCAUUGAUUGCUCCGAGCCUAAAUGUGGAUUGGCAUUCCACGUCAGCUGUGGAUUGAAAGAGGAGCUCUGUAUCGAAUACAGAGAGGGGAAGGGGAAGAGCAGAGGGUCUGUUGUUGCUGCAUUUUGCUCCCCUCAUACUCAUCUCUGGAAGAAGCAAGAGCAAACAGGAAAGUUCAAGAUAGUUGGUAGAGGCGACGACAACAAGUAACAAGAAAUUGCUAUUCGACACCAUUUUAACCUUUAGUUUGAUUUACGCAUGUUGAGAUUAGACGUCACCACGGUUCCGGAACCGGCGGUUCACGGUUCGGAACCGCCGGUUCCGGUUCAA